AUGGAAAAUCCCAGGACGAAGUACACUGAACUGGAAAAUAUUGGCAGUGGGACUUUUGGGGACGUUUGUAGAGCACUCGACACUGCCACAGGAGGAGAGGUGGCCAUAAAGAAAAUAAAUCUCCAAGGACUGAGGAAGAAGGGACUAAGAGUCAAUGAACUCAUGGUCCUGAAGAAGAAUAGGAAUCCCAAUGUGGUUACCUGUUUAGACAGCUACCUUGUGGAUGAGCAAUUGUGGCUGGUGAUGGAGUACAUGGACGGAGGCACUCUGAGUGAUGUUAUCAGCCAGACCCACCUGUCUGAAUAUGAGAUGGCAGCCAUCAGUCGGGAGUGCCUACAAGGACUGGAUUUUCUUCAUUCGAACCAUGUGAUCCAUCGAGAUGUGAAGAGCUGCAACAUCCUUCUCAGAAUGGACGGCUCUGUCAAGCUGGCUGACUUUGGCCUUUCUGCUCAGCUCACCCCUGAGCACAGGAGACAGAGCUCCGUGGCCGGCACUUCUGGGUGCAGGAUGCCUGAAGUCGUGACAGGGCAACCGUACGGCCCCAAAAUGGACAUAUGGUCUUUUGGAAUUGUGGGCAUCGAAAUGGUGAAGUGA